AAAUAUCCGAUCUACCCAUUGAGGUCCAAAUCGGACCCAUUUCCAUCGAUUCCAGAAGCCCCCGAUUCGUCUCGACUCGCAUCUCGCCAAUUUGGGGGCACCUCGUUCCUGUUCGAUCGCGAACCGGAAACUUCCGCCGUCGAGAUUUAGGUCUCUCGUUGGUUUUUUGUCGGUGGAUCUUGGCAUGCUGCUCGAUUUGGGUGGGUGCUUGUGGAGUUUGGAUGAGAUGAAAUGAAACCCGUCGUUUCCGUCUUGAAUUUUAGGGCGCUUGAUCUCGAUCCUGGAUUUCUUCGAGGCGUUUCUUCUGGUCGAAGGAUUUGGUGGUGAUCACCAUGUUUUGGUGGGAGAGGGAGAAGGAGACUGGUAGUAGGGAGCAUAACGGUAGUCCUCCUUGUGGCCAGGUCCGCGUUCUCGUCGUCGGCGACGCAGGUGUUGGAAAGACAUCCCUAGUACACCUAAUCUUGAAGGGUUCUUCCAUUGCUCGACCUUCUCAAACAGUUGGCUGCACAGUGGGUGUGAAGCAUGUUUCUUAUGGAAGUGUUAGCAGCUCUUCGAAUAGCAUAAAAAGUGACACACACAGAGACUUUUUUGUUGAGCUUUGGGAUACCUCAGGACAUGAACGUUACAAGGAUUGUCGAUCUCUUUUCUAUUCACAAAUUAAUGGGGUUAUAUUUGUUCAUGACCUCUCUCAAAGAAGGACCAAGGCAAACUUGCACAAGUGGGCUGCUGAGAUUGCAGCAAAUGGUACAUUUUCAGCUCCUUUGGGAUCUGGUGGUCCUGGAGGCCUUCCUGUUCCUUAUUUAGUUAUCGGUAACAAAACUGAUAUUUCUGCCAAAGAGGGUACAAGGGUAAGCAGCGGCAAUCUUGUCGAUGUUGCUCGCCAGUGGGUUGAGAAACAAGGCCUGCUUCCUUCUAGUGAAGAACUUCCAUUGGCAGAGAGUUUUCCAGGCAGUUCAGGCCUCUUGGCAGCUGCCAAGGAAGCCAGAUUUGACAAGGAAGCUGUGAUUAAGUUUUUUCGUAUGUUGAUCAGGAGAAGAUAUUUCUCUGAUGAACUACCGGGUCCUAGUCCAUGGUCCAUAAGCCCACUCCAAAACUCGCUUCAUCUUACAAGUGAGAAUUCAAGUGAUGAAAAUCAACUUCACCGAAGAUUGAGCAGUUUAAGUGGUGAAGGUUACAAGUCCAGUGUGCUUCCACCACUUCCUGCUCAGCUAAACCUUGCACCACCACCUACACUCUAUCCUCAGCAGCCUAUGUCGGUGCCUGAGAGCUACAGCUUCCACAGAUUCUCAACCUCUGGGCUGUCUGAAAUGGGCAGCACAAAAUCAAGUAGAGCUGAUAUCAAUGUUUGAUUUCAACAUCUAAUGGUGCUUCUGAGAUUGAUGUUUUAAUGUGAUUCAUCCUGCUUGUAAAGCUUUCUCAUAUCGGUGACGACCCCCUUGGUCCCAUGUCGAAUUUGCCGCGGAUCUUGCCUGUGCUUCUUGUUGCAUGACUAUAUACUUGAUUGUUACAUCACAUGUACGCAAUUCUUUUUUACUUGCUAUGACUGUAUACCGAUCAUUUUUUAUAGAGGACAAGCACCGUUUUGUUUCUCUUCGUAUGAAAGGAAAUAUACACCGCUUAUAAA